AUGGGUGAUGCCUGGAAAUGCAUAUCAUAUCAGAAGUGCAUAUCAUCCUUCAAGAAGGCCCACAUCACCCCGCUGCUGAAGAAACCCACACUAGAUCCUUCAGUCAUUCAGAACUACCGCCCGGUAUCUCUCCUCCCUUUCCUAUCCAAAACACUCGAACGUGCUGCAUCUAACCAGCUCUCUGCUUAUUUCUCUGAGAACAACCUGCUUGAUCCCCACCAGUCUGGCUUCAGGCCUGGCCACUCGACUGAGACUGCACUCCUCUCGGUCAGUGAGUCACUCCAUGCCGCACGAGCAGCCUCCCUCUCCUCUGUCCUGAUUCUCCUAGACCUCUCCGCUGCAUUUGACACUGUGGACCACUCUACCCUCCUGUCCUCCCUGGCAGCAACAGGGAUCCGCGGCACAGUCCUUGACUGGAUUGAGUCCUACCUCUCUGACCGCUCCUUCCAGGUUGCCUGGGCGGGUCCCCGCCCGCAUCUCCGCUUGCCUGAGGGACAUACAGAGCUGGAUGGACAAUCACCACCUGAAGCUCAACCCGGGAAAGACGGAGCUAAUCUUUAUUCCUGCUCUAUCCUCUCCCCUCCUCGACUUUUCCAUUUCCUUAGGGGACACCGUAGUGACAUCAUCACCCUGCGCCAAGAAUCUCGGAGUGAUGAUGGACAACAGGCUGUCCCUCUCCAACAACAUUGCAGCAGUAACCCGGGCAUGCAGAUUUUUCCUAUACAACAUCCGCAGAAUCCGCCCCUUUCUCACCACCUACUCAACCCAGCUCCUGGUCCAAGCAAUGGUUCUAUCCGCCUGGACUACUGCAACUCUCUUCUGGCUGGACUACCGGCAUCUGCCACCAGACCCCUGCAGCUCAUUCAGAAUGCUGCGGCUCGUCUGGUCUUCAACCUCCCCAGACACUCCCACGUAACUCCCCUGCUCACUACCCUCCACUGGCUGCCUGUUAUAGCUCGCAUCAAAUUCAAAACAUUGGUUCUAGCAUACCAGGCAGUCAAGGGAUCAGCCCCAGCAUACCUUCAAAAGAUAUUCAAACCCUACAUGCCAGCCAGAUCCCUCCGUUCUGCUACCUCAGGACGCCUAGCACCUCCCCCUCUUCGCACCUGCACUUCCAGAACACGUCUCCUCUCUGUUCUGGCCCCACGAUGGUGGAAUGACCUCCCUGUGGAGGUCAGAACAGCUGAGACUGUGACCCUUUUCAAACGACGACUGAAGACCCACCUCUUCAGGCUGCACCUCUCCCCAUCCCUUCCCCCCCUGUAAAUGACUAAACUUAGGGUUGUAACUAGCCAGCUGUUUAAUAGGUGACUUAGUUGAUGCGCCAGUCUUAACGACUACUUGUAUUUUUAUUUAUUUUUAUUUUUCCAUAGAUUGCGUUGUUGCCGUUCUCGUUGUUAGUGUUAAUCAGUUUAACCACCAGGGUCCAGGUUGAACUAUGCGGUUGUUCCCUGUACUUGGACCGGUACUUCUCUCUAGGGGUUUCGUCAUACUUGUUCCUGGUUAUGGUUAUACACUUUGUUGUACGUCGCUCUGGAUAAGAGCGUCUGCCAAAUGCCUGUAAUGUAAUGUAAUGUAAUGUAAUAUUA